GUUCAUGUCCCAAACAGCAGCCGCUGCGCGAAGUCUCCCCCUUCAGCACCGAAAACCUGUCGGUACUCCUCUCUGCACUCUCUCUCUCUCCCCCUCUCCCUCUCCUGCGCGCGCGCGCGUAGAUACUCGGAGUGGACAACUGGGCAGUGGGCACUUCUCAGUUCACAACUUCAAUCGUGGCAUGUCCCGUUUCGUUCUCCAGCUCGCCGUUCUCUUUCCGAACCCAUGAGGCAUGAUUCAGCGGUGGGAAAGCUGGGAAAGCUCCGUCUUUGCCGAACACUUCGGAAGAAAGCACCUUCCUUUUGAUCGUCGCCCGGCGACUUCGAGCUAUUCAUGGGUGUAUGUCUCCGUCGGAAUGCACGCUUAACCGUUUCCAUUUGCUUCGCCAUUCCGCGGUCCUGCGAAAGCAACCGCCUUUCCGGUUGCAUUGCGCGGUCUCUUCGGCCGCGCUGGUUGAGGACCACGUGUUCGAUGAAAUUCCGGAAGUCGAGACUUGGAGACCCGCCCUGACGUAUAGGCACGAAGGGAGGAGCCGUGCGUUUGCGGGAAUUCCGGAGGCUGAGGCUUGGAAACCUGCUGUGACGUGGGGGCGCGAAGAUGGACGCCACGUGUUUGAUGAAAAUCCAGAGGUUGAGAAUUGGAAACGCGAAGAGAGGAGUAAGUACAGGUUGUUCUCUUUAGUCGGUAGAGUGCUGAAGUCUUUGAAUUGGGAGGUCGCCUGGAGAAUUAGAUUCCAGAGAGUUGUGAAUGAACACGGGUUGGAAGAUUCCGUUGUGGCCCUUAGGAUGAUUGUUCAUGUUUUCGCGGUCACGGGCAUGCGGCUUGAAGUUUAUGCCUUGCUGAGAGACGUGGUUUGCUAUUUCAAGGAGUUGGAUGCAGACAUGUUGGAAGAAUUGACCGACUUUCUGCUUGAUAGGCUGGCUGAUGCGGUGGGAUUGGCUGUUAUUUAUAAUGUACUGAUAAAGGUCUUUGCAGCCAAUUCAAUGCUUAAGAAUGCCAAAGAUCUGUUUUCAGAGGGUACGAAAAUUGGGCUCGAGCCUGAUGUCUACUCGAGCAACUUCUUGCUCAAAUGCUUUGUUGAAGCAGAUAGAGAGGACGUUGCUAAAGAGUUAUUUGACAUCAUGAAAAAUCGUGGGCCAGCACCUAAUGUGAGGACCUAUACAAUUAUGCUGAACUCUCUUUCUAAGCUAAAUCUUAGUGCGGAUGAAUUUCUCAGUCGUGCUUCAGCAAUCCUGGAAGAUAUGGAGAAUGGUGGGAUAAGCUGCACCAUUGUAACAUAUGGUACAUUCAUACAUGGACUUUGUAAAGUUGGUGCCAUUGAGGUUGCUUUGGAUUUGAUACGGACAAUGCAGAAGGAGGGCCUGCUUUUAAAUGAUUAUUGUUAUAAUGCUGUUAUUUAUGGUUUUUGCCAGAAAGGCCAGUUGUCAGAGGCACUGGAAGUACUGGAGGAGAUGCAGAACUGUGGUGUAUUUCCAGAUGUCUAUAGCUAUAGCAUUUUGAUUGAUGGGUUCUGCAAGAAUGGGGAUGUUGAGAAAAGUCUAAGUCUGUUUCAUGAGAUGGAAGUUUCCAACAUUAAACCUACAAUAGUUAGCUAUAGCUCACUUUGUUAUGGUCUAUGCAAGGCAGGUUUGAUGGAAUUGUCGCAUGGUUUUUUCCGAGAUAUUGGGUAUCGUGGCUAUGAGUAUGACAAUAUUGCUUAUGACAUAUUAAUUGAUGGUUUUGUAAAUCAGGGUCACAUCGAUUCUGCCAGCAGACUUUUUCAAGAGAUGAUCAAUCAUGACGUUGAUCCCUGCACUUCCAGCUUUAGAAAUAUUAUUGAUGGAUUUUGCCAAUAUUGCAGAGAAGGAAAUUCUCAGGAAGCUUUGAAACUAGACCAGGACAUAUUUCGCACCUCAUAUAUGUAUACUACAGUUAUAAACAGACUCUGCAAGGAGGGAAAACCAGAGAAAGCAUGGGAGCUCCUUGCUCCAAUGCUUAAGAAAAAUAUAUUCCCAGAUGUUGUCAUGUGUAGUAUUCUUAUGGACGGUUUUGCAAAAAACUCAAAGUUGAAAGAAGCUCGAAAGUUGUAUGGGAAAAUGCUAAAAGCUGGUAUGAUGCCUGACGUGGUCACGAAUACUAUUCUUAUAAACAUUUUCUGUCAUGAGGGACAUAUGUACAAAGCUUAUGCUUUGUUCAUGGAGAUGAUUGAAGAGGGUUUGCCUCUUGAUGAUAUAUGCUACACAUCUAUCAUAGCUGGCUUUUGUAGACUUGGAGAAAUUAGGAAGGCUUGGGCGUUAUUCAAUCAAAUGUCAAGGAAAAGAGUUCUUCCUAGCGUUUUUACUUUUACCUGUCUGAUUGAUGGAUUCUCCAAGCAAGGACGCAUGGACAUGGCUGAGUUGUUGUUUCAUGAGAUGAAAAGACAAGGAGUUGCUCCUGAUGUGGCAACAUACAAUGUCCUUGCAGCUGCCUAUCACAGAACUGGCAAUAUGAAGAAAAAGGAAGAGAUGCUUCUUGAAAUGCAGAAGAAUGGCUUAGAAACUGUGGAGUGGAUGAAAGAUUGAUUUGAUAAGCACCAGAAGUUAUCGGGGGACUGAAUCAGAAUAUUCUGCUGACCAGAAACCUAGCAGGCGAGGCUCCGAGCUGGUAGUUCUUUUUAAUCUCCAGUUUUAACAGGACCUUAGUUUCCAUGGAGACAGCUGUCAUUGCCAAGAAGAAUUGAUCCAUCGGACAGCUUUGUUUAGAAGUUCAUUGUGUUCAAUGCUGAUACCUCUGAUACUGCAGGUAUAGCUGAAGAAGAGGAACUAUCUAGCAUCCUUUUAGAGCUGCUUGAUGGAGCGGGAGAUGCUGAUACCAUAAGGAAGGCUCAUGAUAGACAUCGCGAGCUCUUCUUUAAACAGUAGGAUUGCUUCACAGUUCAAAAAAGCGUCACGUGGGCGGUGUUCUUUUCUAGUUUCAGACAGUCUUAAGAUGAUCAAAAUCGGAUGCUUCUGCACUGGUCCAGUCGUCAUGCAUAUCAAGUGUUACUGAACCUGCUGCUGACAGAUGGCUAUGGUUUUUCCCCACAAGACCCAAGCACUGGUGCCGAAAGGGAAUGCUGGGUUUCGCAAGGAAAUGCUGGCUACCUUGUAGGUUGGCGUAUUCUUCAGGUGUAUGGUCUUUCAUUAGGACCUCGCCGUUGUUAGUUCCUUGGCGGCUUCUCAAGAGUCACGGACCUGCCCGACCUUGUAAUUAUUGAUGUGGUUGGGAGAGGGGGACUGCAAUGCCCGAUAGGCAUUAGUCGGUUGCCAACUGCCGACCCAACAAUAGUAUGUGAUAUACCCUUUGUCAAAUGCAUAGAUGACAUUCAAGAUGAAUGCAUGUACAUCUGCAGACACACGUGAUGUGCAAGUAUCAAUUCGCGUGAAAGAGUUGCGGCCGCCUAUUGUGUAUUAGUGUGAUUAUAUUGGUAUUUCGUGUGAACAGGUAUGCCCUUCGGUAUUUGUUAAUUUAUUUGGAGUCUCUCCCCCUUUAUUCAGUA